GUGAAACUUGAAAGUGGGAAUUGAUGGUGGGUCUGAGCUUGGUGGCGCAGCCAAGUCCUCCCCAACGCCUAUCAUUGCGCGGCGGUGGAAGAGCAGCAAAGAGUGUGAUUAGGAUUCGUUGUGGCAUAGCUGAGCCGUCCGGUGAACCUGCUCCUUUGGGACAAAAGACGCGUUACAAUGAUGGCAUUUUCGAGAAGGCCUUCAUGACACUUUUCGCGCGUAAGAUGGAAAAGUUUGCGGUUCCAUCAGAAAAUAAAGCUAGCGAGAAGAAGGGUUGGUGGGAUUUGGGGUAUGACUAUGAGAGUUUCGUUGAUGUAUCAAAGAGGGUAAUGCAGCGUAGGACUCGUAUCCAGCAGCAGCAAGUGGUGCGAGAGGUUCUCCUCUCCAUGCUUCCUCCUGGUGCGCCUGCACAGUUCAGGAAAUUAUUUCCACCUACAAAAUGGGCUGCAGAGUUUAAUGCUGCAUUGACAGUGCCCUUCUUCCACUGGCUAGUUGGCCCAUCCGAGGUUGUGGAAGUAGAGGUAAAUGGAGUGAAGCAAAAAAGUGGCGUGCAUAUAAAAAAGUGCAGGUACCUGGAGAAUAGUGGCUGUGUUGGAAUGUGUGUCAAUAUGUGCAAGAUUCCUACUCAAGAUUUUUUCACUAAUGAAUUUGGACUUCCAUUAACAAUGACUCCUAAUUUUGAAGACAUGAGUUGUGACAUGGUGUAUGGCCAAUCCCCACCUGCAUUUGAAGAGGACCCUGUUUCCAAACAACCAUGCUAUGCUCAGAUAUGCUCUAUGUCGAAUCCAAGCUCUAGUUUGUGUCCUAAACUACAGGCAUGACCAGGGAAUCCAAGCCUUUUGGCAUUUACUUUUC